CGGUGGGCGCGUCGCCGUCGCCGGGCUCGGUCGCCCGCGCUGCUUGGCUCCGUCGGCCCCCGAGUCCGGCGCGCGGCGGGCGGCGCGUCUCGCCGCGGCCAUGUCCCGAAAGCAGGCGGCGAAGGGCCGGCCGGGCAGCGGCAGCCGGAAGGCCGAGGCCGAGCGCAAGCGCGACGAGCGGGCGGCACGCCGGGCCCUGGCCAAGGAGCGGCGGAACCGGCCGGAGUCCGGCGGCGGCGGCUGCGAGGAGGAGUGCGUCAGCUUCGCCAACCAGCUGCAGGCCCUGGGGCUGAAGCUGCGGGAGGUGCCGGGGGACGGCAAUUGCCUAUUCAGAGCACUUGGUGAUCAAUUGGAGGGACACUCACGAAAUCAUCUCAAGCACCGACAAGAGACAGUGGAUUACAUGAUAAAGCAGCGGGAAGAUUUUGAACCCUUUGUAGAAGAUGACAUUCCUUUUGAGAAACAUGUGGCCAGUUUGGCAAAGCCUGGCACCUUUGCUGGCAAUGAUGCAAUCGUAGCCUUUGCAAGAAAUCAUCAGUUGAAUGUGGUGAUUCAUCAACUUAAUGCCCCUUUGUGGCAGAUUCGUGGCACGGAGAAAAGCAGUGUGCGGGAGUUACAUAUUGCAUAUCGGUGCGGAGAGCACUAUGACAGCGUUCGGAGGCUCAAUGACAACUCGGAAGCCCCAGCACACCUCCAGACUGAUUUUCAGAUGCUUCAUCAAGAUGAAUCAAAUAAAAGGGAAAAGAUCAAGAUGAAGGGCAUUGACUUUGAAGAUGACCUGAGAGAUGAAGUAGAAGAUGCUGUCCAGAAAGUUUGCAAUGCAACUGGUUGUUCAGAUUUUAAUUUGAUAGUCCAGAACCUGGAAGCUGAAAAUUAUAAUAUUGAAUCUGCAAUAAUUGCCAUGCUUCAGAUGAACCAGGGGAAAAGAAAUAAUACAGAGGAGAACCUUGAGUCCGGCGGCCGAGUUCUGAAGCAGUGUGGCCCUUUAUGGGAGGAGGGUGGCAGUGGCACCAGACUCUUUGGAAAUCAGGGUGUAAAUGAAGGCAGAACUGAAAACAAUAAGGAGCGGGCCAGCCCUAGUGAAGAAAACAAAGCAAAUAAAAACCAGCUCCCAAAGGUCACCAACAAACAGAGGCGGGAGCAGCAGCGCCUGGAGAAAAAGAAGCGACAGGAGGAGAGGCACCGCCACAAAGCCCUGGAGAGCCGGAGUGGCCAUAGGGACAGCAGCCGCAGUGAAGCGGAGGCCAACACACAGGUCACCUUGGUGAAGACCUUUGCUGCUCUCAACAUCUGACUCUUUGGCCUUUUGGGAGCUGCACGAAGCCAGUGGAAAAUGGAGCGCUGUGUACCAGGCUCUCCAGUGAGGCCGUCCUCUCCCCAAAGACACACAACCCACAAAACUCACACUCAAGCUCACACACUGAGUUAGUCUCCUUCAAGCUGCCUCUGUUUUGCUCAGACUUUUGUUAGUAAUGUGUUUUAUUUUAUGAAAGUUCACUGAAGCCAUUCAUGUUCUGUAAUUAAAAUAUUGAGUUCUAGGGUUGGAUAGUUCAGGCAAAACCUUUUAAGUGUGGUUUUAUUUGUCCUGAAAAUCAGUUCAGUGACCCUAGGGUUUUUCUGUAACACUUGGGGUGAGUUUUGCUGUAAUUGUUCACCAAGUAGUUUAGAUUAAUUGCUAGAAAUUCAGAAUGUCAAGUUUCCUUUGUUUCUCUUUGACUUUCAAGCAGAUAUUCACAUACAGGAUAGUUUAUAAACGGUCUCCAACUCAGGAACAUGUUUAGAUUUAAUUUUCUACGAAUUCAAGUUAAUCAGAAAUUAAUUCAGGAAGUAUUUUUCCCAAAAUAAUAGGAUAUGGGGGUUGUGGCCUGUAGUCAGAGUGGAAAUUCAACACCUACGUUUUUCUCCUUCCUGAUUCUGAUGCUAUUUCAGAUGGGAUGCAGGUGCUGUGAGGUUUGCCUGCGCUCAAGCCAUAUGAUAAAUAUGCCUGACGACUGUUAAUUAGGCAUGGACUUUGCUGGAAAAUCAGUAGUGUUGUUGAGAUUUUGGUACUGGUUUCUUGACACAGAGAAGGUAGUAUGUUACUGCUUAUGAUGUAAUUCUGAUCGUGUGAGAGAAGAACCUCUAGUUGUAAAGGGAGAAAUGAAGAGAUUCCUGAGUCUUUGUACAGGGAGUGUCUAAAGAGUUACUUGAUGCUGUAGGGGCAGAGGCAUAUCUAAGGCUUUUCAGGUUCAUGUUUUAAGUAAUUGUGUUUUCUUCCUUGCUGUUCUAGACUUAGAUGCCUUCAGAGAAGUAGUUUGACCUGUUGCUCAGUUUUCUUACUGUUGUGAAAAUGGAAUCCCAUAAAAUGCUGCAUUUCUUUCUUUCUGUUCCAGCCCUAUCUGGGAUUUUGAUGUUGGAAAAAGUCUUGUGUACUCUAGCAGUUGUCAGCGACUUAGGUUAGACCACCAGGGCAGAGGCUGUGUGACUCCACAAUUCUAACACGGAUUUGGGAGUUGGAGAAAAGUCAGUCCUAAGGCUGAUCAGUGGGUGAGGACUUUGAACCUGGAAUGUAUGAAGUGGACAGUCGUGGACAGUCUUGGCCUUUUGGGGAUCCAGUACUUGGACAAAUAAAAUCUGCUGAAUCAAAAGGUAAAUUAGUUACUUCUCCAUCUCAGAUUUCAGAAUUAUAACAGUUCUAAGGGGAAGGAAGAAGCAUAAAGAAGUGUUGAGUGAAUGGGUGCAUCAUUGUCUGGGCUGGCCCUGGAUUCAUUGAAUUGCUCUUAUCAGCAGAUGAUUUGCUUUCUUUAGUUUUAAUGACGUGUUUUAAUUUUUUGUUCGUUGACUUCAGUGACUUUUUUUCUGGUUUCUUGAAGCUGCUCUCAGGCCAUUGCAGUUUGGUCUUCUUCCUGGUAUAGUGCUUUGUAAUGUUAGCAGAUUUGGAAAGUGCGGAGUAUGUUUCCUUUGCACAUUGUGGAGUCCUGAGUCUGAGGCUGUAGGAAUCAGUCCCUGCAGAGGCAGAGCCUCCAUUGCCUUACUGUGUCCAAGGGAGUGAGAUCUAGGGCUCGAGGAUUGAUCGUUCUCUUGGCUUUCUCCUCUGGACACUUGCGUGACUAUGGCCGGUCUUUCCUGAGCAAACACUCUUUCUUGUCUAUCUGGUAGAGUGAGAGUGCAGGUGACCAGAUCCUCUUGGGCAGGUCAGGAUUGUGUGCCAGAAACUCAGCAGAAUUUGGAGUCCAAAAUAGCGUAGGGGUACCCCUUGUCAGGAGCAGUAGACUUGCUUUAUUUAAGUGGUUGAUGAAGGUGGUCUUGGGCCUGUUGGGAUUUAAAGGUUUAACUAGAAGCUGCUAAAAAGUUAUUAAAGAAUAUUGGGCACAUUUAUUAACAAAUGAGGAAAUUCUGAUAAUAGACUUCAACAUUUCUGGGUUAAAAUAAUAGUGGUUUUAAAAACUAAUCAUAUGGCUUCGGUAAUUUUCUCUUACUAUCAUUUCAUAGUUUUCCAGUUGAAAUUGGUCUGCAUUUAAUAUAAUUAUUAGGAAUGGGAUACGUGUACCCAACUUCAUGAUCUCUUCUGCUUAAGGGUGUGAAUUUAGAUUUCACUGCCUCUGUCUCACUGAAGUAUGAGUUAGAUGGGAGACAUAUACUUAGUUGCCUUGUAGACACUUGGAGAUUACUUUAUUGGCAGCUAGCACAGAGGUCCAGUGUGCGUGGUUCUGGGAUGACUACUCUCAGUGACUAGUGUCCGUACCGUAGUCUUACAUGCACUCCCUGUUUGGAGGUGCUUCUGUGCUGUGUCAUGACCAUUAGAGGUUUAUGUUACAUGAAUUGUCUCGGUAGCUUUUUGUGAGGUCAGGAGAAAGGGGAUGGGGCUGUGGUCUGUAGCUGCUUAGUAGUCUUAUAAACUGUAUAUAAAGGUUUUAUGGAUUUUAAAACAAGAUUUUUUAAAGGUCAAAAUAAAUAAAAUUUUAGUGGCAACAGCUUUGUAUUAGAGAGGUAGAUGUAGUAAAACAACGUGGAACCUUCUAAAUAACACAGUUGCCAUCGGGAGAUAGUAGAGAGAGAGAACACAUAUAUAUAUAUUUAGUUUUUUAGUAGUGUGCACACAUUUUUUAGGAGCAGAGCCCGGUGGAGGGAUUGUGGCAGAGAGAAGGAUCUUGAACGUCGGCUGAGGUUGUCGUCUGUAGUUUCUUUAUAACCUCUGCAAACACUUGCAAAUCUAUUUUGAUCCCGAGGGCUGGUGAAUUGGGGUCUCCCCUGAGGGGCGGCUCGAGUGUGCAUCACGGGAACCUUCGAACAAGUCAUGGGUAGCGUCCUGCCCUGGCUCCCAGGGGUGUACAGAGUGAAGUGAUGCAGUCCUGGGGGCGGGGGUGUGCGAUGUGGGGGAGGGCCGCUUGCAUGUUGAGUAGGUGGGCAUCCGAUGGACGGGCACUGCACCGUCCUGGUGGUGAGGCCCUGUCGUCAGUGUGCAAUUUCUCUCAUUCUGAGAAACUCUAGACUCUGCCUGGGUUUUACCGGGUCAACAUAGAAUGCUGUCAGUUUACCUCUGAAGUGGUCAGCUCGAGCGUGCGGUCGGUCACUGGAAACUGGCAUUUCUAGUCCGUGCUGACGACCGGUCACCCUGAGUGAAGGGAUGAAAAUGGAGCUCUUGCUCUCCAUGGGUCACCUCUGGGGCCCUCUGACCCCCAUUUCGAGCAGACACGUGGUUCUUCACCUUUUUACCUCAAGGCUCUGUAUGUCUGUAGCAAAUGCCUAGAUUCAGAGUCUGCUGCUGUUUUCCUGUUGGGUCGUCUUCACUAGUCACCGUUCGUUCACCUCUGCUUUCAGAACAGACGCUGCUAAAUCUCUGGGGCCUUCUGGCCGUUGUUCUGAGGUGAUUUAACAAUGGCACUUUUUUUUUUACAAGGUGUGUUUUCCUGACUCUAAAGCAAAUUGUAUUUUUCCGCUGAUGUCGAAGCAAAGAUCUUCUAGGUGGCGUGUUGAGGGACAUCUCCUGCUGUCCCCUAUUAAAGGGGGCAUGAGUGACUGGUGUGAAGUGGAGGUGGUGACCUCAGUCACAAAGUGCUUGCACAGCGUGGGGCACUCCGCCUGCACCCCAGGGACCAGCCCACGGUGAGGAGCUGGGCCUGUGGGCUGCCCUGCCCUGCCCUGCCCAGGCCCCGGGUUUCACUCCUGGUGACCUCAGGCCCUUAGACACAUCUUUUAAGCUUCCUAGUCUCUCUCUCCUGGUUAGGAGUGCUUUCUGGCUUGGUUAAAACGGUUAACAUCCUUGCAAAGCUGCUGGAGAAGGGGCUGCCAUCAUCACAAAGAAUGUUUCUGUAAAAGCAUGAAUUUCUGUACAGUGGCUUUAUUUUCAGCAAGGCAGCCCCGUGCCACAGAACUGCUGCCGCUCACUGUGCUGGUCGUCAGGGAGGGCGAUGACCCCCGGACGAAACAUCUGAGGUCUGCCCCCGCCCCUGUGCAUGUCAGCAGCUCCCAGGUCACCGUGACUAGCCGUCUGGGACCGUCAUUAGAACUCAGCCAGAAGCCUCAGCCUGCGGUUUGAUCCCCUGGCAGGUCCCUUGACCAAAACCUGAAGAAGGUUGGUGGGCUGCCCACAUCUUCCCACUCUCCUUGUUCAUUUUCCAUGGCGGGAAGGGCCCUUGGCCUCCCCUGCCACCCUUCCAGCAACCUCCAGGAGCACUGAGCUCAGUGAGAAGGAAGGGAGGAGCCGGGAGUUAGACUUGAGCCCCGCGUGUUCCUCUUGCGGACAUAGGAGUACAGGUGGGCGUGAACCCCUUGUGCAGGAGGGCAGGUGUGUCUGUGGAGAGCACGGGCCUUUGCAGGCUCAGGAACCUUCUCUUUUUUCUAAUUGCACUAUGCUUGUCUAGCUUCAGUCUGGAGAUAUUUAAGACCUCCGUGGGGUCACGAUCCAUAGACUUAGCAAGUCUUGCCUUAUUGCUGGAGCUCGAUGGGGAGAAAUGUGACCAUUGUCUGAUGUCCAUAGUUCAUUUCCUCUCAGUUGUUUCUUUUCACAGAUUGUGUUCAUCUGAACCAUUUUAUUUUUUGUUUACCAAAGUACUGUACUUGGCUAUUUGCAGUGUUUUCAAAACCAAAUGUUUCUUUUUUUGUGUGUUUUUAAUCUUCCAUACUUGGUGCAAUAGAAGCUGCAAAGAUGUGCCACUUUAUCUAUGAAAUGGAGUUUUGUAUACCAAUAAAUUCUAGUUUAAA